AUGUCUUCAAAAGACAAAACAUGAUGAAUUAAAUACCAAGGUCACAUCCCAUGCGCAGGGAUUUUUUUCCCUGAUGAAGACUGAAUCUCUCUAAAAUCAAGCAGAGGCUAUAAACUUCACACUUACCGCUUCCACCUCGAAGCCCCUCAAGCUAUUGUCUUUUUAUUUCACGGAAUCCACGUUUCAUCUGGAAUUUUUUCAUACCUCGCUAAGCGGCUAUACGAGCUAAAUAUAGCAGUUUUAGCAUUUGACCAAGAAUGCCAUGGGAAAAGUCAAGGAAAACUCGGAAUUAUCUAUACAAUCGACGAAUACAUAAAUUGUGGGAUCAAAUACAUUGAAAAAUCAAUAGAGAAUUACCCUAAAAACACCCCGAUUUUUAUACUUGGAGAAAGUAUGGGUGGGACUAUAUGCAUGAAUAUUGCCUUGGAAAUGCAAAGUAUGAUAAAAGGGAUGGUUUUAUUUGCCCCUGCAUUAGCUGCAAGUCCUUCAUUUAGUCCAUUUUUAAUUAAACUUGCAAGAUGUUUGGGAUGUCUGUGCCCAAGAAUGCCUACAAAGUCUCCAGAUUUGAAAUCAUUGUCGAGAAACCCAUAUAAUGAAGGGUGGUAUCAAGAAAACCCUGAAUAUUAUACAGGAAAAACCAAGGCAAGGACUGGAUCUGCUUUACUGAAAUCUUUUGAUAAAUUGCGGCCGAGGCUUAAAAAUGUGAGGGUUCCUUUUAUUAUUUUCCAAGGAGGAAAUGAUACAAAGGUAAAUAUUGAGGUGAAUAGAAAAUUUGUGGAAAAUUCGGCUGUGGAGGAUAAAGAGUUUGUUUAUUAUGAAGAAAUGAGGCAUGAGGUAUGCAAUGAGCCAGAAAUUGAAGAAAUUAUAGAGAAAGUCCUGAAUUGGAUAAGUCAAAGAAUUAGUUAA